AUGCAGAUAGAAAACAGCACAGUGGUGACAGAAUUCAUCCUCCUUGGUCUGACUCAGUCUCAAGAAAUUCAGCUCUUGGUCUUCGUAUUAAUCUCAGUUUUCUACCUCAUCAUCCUCCCAGGAAAUUUCUUCAUCAUCCUCACCAUAAGGUCAGAUCCUGGGCUCUCAGCUCCCCUUUAUUUCUUCCUGGGCAACUUGGCUUUCCUGGAUGCAUCCUACUCCUUCAUUGUGGCUCCCAGAAUGUUGGUGGACUUUCUGUCUGAGAAGAAGGUCAUCUCCUACAGAGGUUGCAUCACCCAGUUGUUUUUCUUGCACUUGCUUGGAGGAGGGGAGGGCUUACUUCUUGUUGUGAUGGCCUUUGACCGCUACAUUGCCAUCUGCCGGCCUUUACACUAUUCGACUCUCAUGAGCCCUAAAGUCUGCUAUGUAAUGGUGCUAGCUCUGUGGCUUGGAGGCUUUGUCCACUCCAUCAUUCAGGUGGCCCUCAUACUGCGUUUGCCUUUCUGUGGCCCAAACCAGCUGGACAACUUCUUCUGUGAUGUCCCACAGGUCAUCAAGCUGGCGUGCACAGAUACAUUUGUGGUAGAGCUCCUGAUGGUCUUCAACAGUGGUCUAAUGACUCUCCUGUGCUUCUUGGGGCUUCUGGCCUCUUAUGUUGUCAUUCUUUGCCGUGUAAGUGUGUCUUCUUCUGAGGGAAAGAACAAGGCCAUCUCCACGUGCACCACUCACAUUAUUAUUAUACUUCUUAUGUUUGGACCUGCAAUUUUCAUCUACACUCGCCCAUUCAGGGCCUUAGCAGCUGAUAAGGUAGUUUCUUUCUUCCAUACAGUCAUCUUUCCACUGAUGAAUCCUGUGAUUUAUACCCUUCGAAACAAGGAAGUAAAAAGUUCCAUGAAAAAGUUAUUAAUUCGGUAUGUAGCUUGUUAA